CGCGUGCCCCUGUGGCUAGAUGUGUAACAUUUAUUAAUUCGUGCGUUAUUCACAAUUAACGUUGAGAUGCCGAGCUAUAGAUACUAAUCCAUGGUAGCGGGUAGUAAUGCGCGAUACCAGUUGAGUGGGUUUGGCCUUUCUGAUAAUGGAAGUUGAUUGUUGCGAAGAAUGCAAUAAAUAAAAGUGUUAGCGGAUUAUGUAAAAUGUUAAAUUGGCAGCACUGCUAGCCGUGCGUGAAGUCUGUAUGGUCUGUGUAGUGAACGUGAAUUUCAAAUAUGCGGUGCAAGUUGUAUUUUAGUAGUGCCUGAAAUAUGCAUCGUACACCAAACAUAACAGCUUCAUAUUAUGAACAGUGCUUAUAAUUUGAAGUAUUAAGUGUUUUUGUAUUGGAUGUUGUGUCAAGAAAAUUGACGUGUUUUAAAAAAUGGGCAAACGGAAAGACACAAGUACAGAAGACGAGCUUGUUGUGGAUACAAAUGAAUUUCUACUGCAGAAGAAGCAUAAGAAACAUAAACAUAAAAAACAUAAAAAGAAGAAACUAUUAGAAGAAAGUGAGGGUUCACAAGACUUGUCAUUUGAUGAUGCUGAUACAAGCAAACCAGCUCUUAGGUUAAAAAUAAAGUUUGGAAAGGAAAAAGCAGGAGAUAAGAAUGCCAGCCCAUCAAGUUCCAGUGAUAAAACAAAGGAGAAGGGCUCUCCGGCUAAGGUACUCGAUAAGCCAGGGCAAGUGGGCUCCUCUCCAAAGACAUUAAAAAGAAGGAAGGGUAAAGGCAAGGAUAGUGGAACAUCAAGUGAAGAAGAAAGAUGGCUGGAUGCAAUUGAAUCUGGAAAACUAGAAGAGGUAGAUGAUGAACUGAAGAAAAUCAAACCUAAAGAUCCAAAAUUGAUGACAGCUCGACAGAGAGCCAUGUUUGAGCGGAAGACAGACAAGGAACCAAGCCCUGGAGGAGAACAGCUUUUGGCUCUGCCAUCAGGUUACAAGGAGAAAGUCAUGACGGCCGAAGCAAUACAGAAGGCUGCCCUCAAGUCCCAGAAACGAAAACAACUGGCUGAUGAGAAGAGGGAAAAGGAUAAGAAAAAAACAAUGGAGAGAUUAUUGAAGAAACAAGAGUCAAAAGCUGGGAAGAGCAGCAACAGGUCACGAUCUGCUCGAAAGCAGGUUCCCCGAGUGACUUAUCGUAAUACAGUGGAUGGUAUCAGCAUAUCACUCCCUCCAAAUAUGGAAUUCCCUCUGCAGUUACAAACUAUAGUUGGGAAACCUGUACUUAUACCAGUUCAGUGUGGAGUGGAAGGUUGCACUAAUAUGAAGAAAUACGGCUGUUCCAAAACAGGAGUGCCGUUGUGCAGUCUAAAGUGUUAUCUCAAGAACAUUGCAACAAUAGAAAAUCCAAGUUGAGGAUACUCAGAAUCAUAAAUUGUCUUUGUCCCAUAAUUUAUUAGUUUACUUCACUGAUAUAAUGUGAAAUCACCAUCCACGUGUAUCUAAUUUAUUUCCUUUUUGUUGAUCAAAUACUAGUAUGUCCUUGACAUGUUUUGGUCAUAAGCUGGUCAUUUUCGCGGGGAGACCAAAUAUUAAAGGAAACUUUACAAUACAUGUACAUAAAAGACUUAAACCAUUUACGACUGAUGGGUCAGAGUUCAAGUCCCGGUAGAGUGAAGAACUUUCUGUUCUCCUCGUCCAGACUGGCUCUGAGGUCCACCCAGCCUCUUAUCCAAAGGGUACCAGGGGCUCUUUCCCCAAAGGUAUAGUG